AUGGCCAACAAUGAGAAUGCCCGCCUCAACCUCUUCAAGAACAAGGGCAGGGACACCUCGGAGAUGAGACGCAGGAGGAUGGAGGUCAAUGUGGAGCUCCGCAAGGCCAAGAAGGAUGAUCAGAUGUUGAAGAGAAGAAAUGUCAGUUCUUUCCCAGAUGAGCCCGUGUCUCCUCUGCAGGAGAAGAACCCGAAUGGACAGACUUCUACUCAGUGGACUGUGGAGGAGAUUGUCCGUGGGGUGAGCAAUGCAAGCAUGGAUGUUCAGCUACAGGCCACACAAGCUGCCCGGAAGCUUCUUUCUCGGGAACGUGAGCCUCCCAUAGACAAGAUCAUCCAAGCUGGCCUCAUCCCUAAACUUGUUUCCUUCUUGUGUCGUGAGGACUGCAGUCCAAUGCAGUUUGAGGCUUCAUGGGCCCUCACUAACAUUGCUUCUGGGAGCUCUGACCAGACCCGGGCUGUGGUAGAUGGUGGAGCCAUUCCUGCCUUCAUUUCUCUGCUGGCUUCUCCUCACUCUCACAUCUGUGAGCAGGCUGUGUGGGCCCUGGGCAACAUUGCAGGUGAUGGAUCCGCUUACAGAGACUUGGUCAUUAAACAUGGGGCUGUUGCUCCACUGUUGGCAUUACUGGCUGUCCCUGACAUCUCAUCUCUUCCUACUGGCUACCUCCGAAACCUGACAUGGACCUUGUCCAACUUGUGCCGCAACAAGAACCCAGCUCCCCCUAUUGAGGCGAUCAAGGAGAUCCUGCCGACCUUGGUUCGUCUUCUGCACAGUGAUGACCGGGAAGUUCUGGCAGACACAUGCUGGGCUGUCUCUUACUUGACUGAUGGCUCCAAUGACCGCAUUGAUGUGGUGGUGCAUACAGGACUGGUCCCUAGAAUUGUGCAGCUGCUGGGGUGCAAGGAGGAGCUGACCAUUGUGACCCCUUGCCUGAGGACAGUAGGAAACAUUGUGACGGGAACAGAUGAGCAGACCCAGGUGGUCCUGGAAUCUGGUGCUCUGGCUGUAUUCCCUGAGCUCCUCAACCAUCCCAAGAACAACGUCCAAAAGGAGGCUGCCUGGACUCUGUCUAACAUCACAGCUGGGCGUCAGGACCAGAUCCAGGAGGUGGUGAACCAGGGCUUAGUGCCCUACCUGGUUGAUAUCCUGAGGAAGGGUGACUACAAGACACAGAAGGAAGCCGUGUGGGCCGUCACCAACUACACCAGUGGUGGUACUAUUAACCAGAUCAUCUACCUGGUACAAGCUGGUGUCGUUGAGCCUUUGUCCGGUCUUCUCUCUGCUAAGGACAGCAAGACUGUGCUGGUCAUCCUUGACGCCUUCACAAACAUCUUUGCUGCUGCUGAUAAGCUCGGUGAGACGGAGAAGCUAUGCAUGAUGGUGGAGGAAUGUGGUGGUCUGGACCGUAUUGAAGCUUUGCAGUCUCAUGAGAAUGAGCAAGUCUACAAGGCCUCAGCUACUCUUAUUGAGAAAUACUUUGCGUCAGAGGAGGAUGAGGAGGAAAGUCUGGCUCCAGAGGCCUCAGCUGAUGGCUAUACGUUCCAGGUCCCCGGCGGCACGCACACCACCUUCGACUUCUAA